UCUGCCGGUUCCGCGACACACAACGAAACACGUCGUGCCAUUGCUCCUUGUCUUUUCGGCUUCAGCUGCCAUUCCAGUCUGGUCCCUCAACCCGACACGAACACACGCGCUAAGUAUCGCACGCACAAGAAGUACACCGCCGUCGUCAUCCUGUAACAGUGUCCUGCAGCAGUAGAACAAAGGAAAACAGUAAAAUGUCCAUCGCCACAGCGGUCAAACUCGUAGCCGUAGUCGCGUUCGUCCUGCAGCAAAUCUCCGUGGGGCUUGCGUCCGAUCAUCACAGGCGCGGCAAAGAGCUGUUGGACACCGAGGACAGCGAUUUCUUUCGAUGCAAACAAGCCACUAGAAAGUCAUGCUGUGGCAAGGAAAACUCGUUAAAACGAUUUGGUGAUAAAGACAAAAAAGCGGCCGACGAAUGUUACGCAGAAGUAGCCGAAAAGUUUGCAAAGGUUUCAGUUGCACCAAAGCAAGACCUAUUUUCCAGCGAAGCCGUAAAGAUUACCAAGAAGAAGCAAUUCUGUCUUCACGAGUGCAUCGGCAAGAAAAACCAAUUGCUAUUGGAAGACGGUUCCCUGAAUAAAACUUUCAUUAACGAGUAUGCGAUGAAGAGCAUCUUCAAAGAACAAUGGCAGAAACAAGUAGGACAGAAAGCAUUGGACAAAUGUCUCGGAGAGACCUACAUUCCGUGGCCAGCAGAAGAAACAGAAAACAGAUGCAAUCCUGAAUACGUACAGUUUCAACACUGUCUGUGGCUGGAAUAUGAAUCGAACUGCCCGAACGAUCAACGUAAAGUCAGCAAAAAAAUGCGAGAAGACGCGAAACAGGUACAGGAUGCAAAAAUCUUCCACAAAUUAAUUAUUUACAAAUAAAUUAAGAUUUUUUUUUCAAUCCGGUUUAUUUCGGUAUUAAUAAUAUUAUGAUGAGUACAAAUUUAUCAAUCGAUUCAAUGAAAUAUUAA